AUGGGCCCCUAUAUACCGCCUCCUCAUGCUGCUGCCAGGCCCCUAAUCUGCCAUAGGCCCCCUAUAUACCGCCUCCUCAUGCUGCUGCCAGGUCCAGAGUCUGUCAUGGGUCCCUGUACGGCCUCCCAUUGCUGCUGUCUCCAUCGCCACACUCUGCCAUGUGCCACUUUCAGGUCUCCUCACACACUGCUGGUGUGUUGAAUUUUUUGACAUAGGGUGCUGGCAGAUUACGGGCCUCCCAUAGCUGCUGCCAGGCCCCUAAUCUGCCAUGGGCCCCUAUACCACCGCCUCCUCAUGCUGCUGCCAGGUCCAGAGUGUCUCAUGCCACACUGUGCCCUUUCAGGUCCCUCACACACUGCUGGUGUGUUGCCAUGUUUUUCAGACAUACUGCUGUGUAGAAUUUUGGCCUCCCAUGCUGGCAGAUUACGGGCCUCCCAUAGCUGCUGCCAGGCC